ACGAAAGUAGGAAGUUCGUAUAUUAUUCUGAAGUAAAAACAAUAUUAUACAAUGGAGUUUACAAUAUAUUUAUUUAUAUUUCGGUAAAUUCCGGUAAAUCACCCUAAUUUUGACAAAUGACACGUCUUUUUUCCUCCGCAAGGUUGUCAACUUGCGUCGAGUUGGAAAAAUUUCACGUCGCUAUGUUCAGUCAAGUCAGUUGUCGAAAUAAAUAAAUCGAAUAUGGCUGAUAACGAAGGACAUAAACAUCGGGAUACUAAUUACCAUGAGGGAAAAGGUAAAUUAUGUUAUGAUAUUACUGCGUAGGUCGCGUUGUUAGUGUGACAGUGGGGCGCGCGGUGGCGAGACGUCGCCAAUACCCUCGUGUUACAUUUGUGACAUUGAAAUUGGGUUCUUUUUAUAAUUGCUGCGUGGAUCGUGGUGCUGGGCCGCCAGGAGCGGAGCGCGCUGCCCGCUGACGCGUUGACUGGUUCCAUUUGACUCCAAGAUUAGUGAAAAUGACCGGGGGUGCGGACAGGAAUCUCGACUCAGUGACGGAAAAGCCGGCACCUGCGCCGCGGGCUGGUCCGUACGGCGUGCAGGUGGUGAACACCGGUCCGGAGCACACGUUCACCCUCGACGAGGAGGCGCUCAGCGCGCUGCUGCUGCGCGAGGAUGUGAGGGAGAGGGCGGUGGUGGUGAUAUCGGUCGCCGGCGCCUUCCGCAAGGGCAAGUCGUUCCUGCUCGACUUCUUCCUGCGGUACAUGCAUCACAAGUAUGGUGCGGGGGGCGGCGGCGGCGACUGGCUCGGCGCGGAGGACGAGCCGCUGCAGGGGUUCAGCUGGCGCGGCGGCUCCGAGCGCGACACCACCGGCAUACUCAUGUGGUCAGAGAUUUUCAAGGCCACGCUCGAAAAUGGUGAAAAGGUGGCGAUAAUCUUACUAGACACUCAGGGCGCGUUCGACAGCGAGUCGACGGUGCGCGACUGCGCGACCGUGUUCGCGCUGUCCACCAUGCUGUCCUCCGUGCAGAUAUACAACCUCUCGCAGAACAUACAAGAGGACGACCUGCAGCAUCUGCAGCUGUUCACGGAGUACGGGCGACUCGCGCUGGAAGACAGCGGCCGCACGCCGUUCCAGCGGCUUCAGUUCCUCGUCAGAGACUGGAGCUUCCCCUAUGAAGCGCCCUACGGCGCGGAGGGGGGACAGAACAUACUACAAAGGAGACUAAAGGUGUCAGACAAGCAGCACCCGGAGUUGCAGAGCUUGCGCAAGCACAUCACGUCGUGCUUCUCAGAGAUCGCGUGCUUCCUGAUGCCGCAUCCAGGCCUCAAGGUCGCCACCAACCCGCACUUCGAUGGCAGACUUGCAGACAUCGAAACGGAGUUCAAGCGCGCGCUGCACCAGCUGGUGCCGAUGCUGCUGGCGCCGGAGAACCUGGUGCCCAAGCUCAUCAACGGACAGAAGGUCAAGGCCAAGGACCUGGUGCAGUACUUCAAGUCCUACAUGAACAUAUACAAGGGCAACGAGCUGCCGGAACCGAAGAGCAUGCUUGUGGCGACAGCAGAGGCGAACAAUUUAACAGCGGUGGCGGAAGCGAAGGAGGUGUACACGACGCUGAUGGAGGAGGUGUGCGGCGGCGCCAAGCCCUACCUGCAGACGCAGCUGCUGGAGGCGGAGCACGCCCGCGUGCGGGACAAGGCGCUGCACGCCUUCCACUCCAAGCGCAAGAUGGGCGGCGACGAGUUCAGCCAGUCCUACUGCGAGCAGCUCACGCAGGACCUUGAGGACCACUUCCAGCAGUUCAAGGCGCACAACGAGAGCAAGAAUAUAUUCAAGGCGGCGCGCACGCCGUCCGUGUUCUUCGCGAUCGCGCUGUUCUUCUACGUGCUGAGCGGCGUGUUCGGGCUCGUCGGCUUGUACCCGAUAGCCAACCUCUGCAACUUCGCCAUGGGCAUGGCGCUGCUCACACUUGUCAUGUGGGCGUACAUCAGAUAUAGCGGUGAGAUGAGAGAAUUUGGCGUCACAAUAGACGACACCGCUAACGUAUUAUGGGACAAUGUAAUGAAGCCCCUAUACCAGACAUGUCUCGAGAAAGGCAUGGAGCACGCGGCAGCGGCGGCGGCGGAGCGGGCGCUGGGGCCCCCCACCCCCACCACGCCCACGCCGCCCGCCAACGGCAAGCACAAGCACUUGUGAUGCCCGCCCCACCCUGUGCCAGUGAUACCCGCCAGGGGACUGUACAUGAUCCUUCAAGUGAGAUCUAUUGGCGCUGAAUAGUUACAAAAAAACGUUGGUUUCGGUGCGUGUUUGUUGGUUGGGUUUGAGCUGGGAUUUCCGGGUAAUUUUGUCCAAAGACGGGUCAUAAUGUCCGAGCAAUUGUGAGUGCCCAAUUGACUGGACAAAAACGUCCCGGUGGUUUUGUCAGUGCCCCUAUGACGGGCCAGAAAUGUCCGGGGUAUUAUGUCUACGCCGCUACGGUGGGACAUAAUGUCCGCAUAGUUUCAUGUUAACAUUUCAAACCGAAGCAACAAACAUCGUAACCGCAAAGGAUUAUUACGAAUAUAUUUUGUUAUCGUGAUGGAUACGUUCGUGCGUGAAUUACAUAGAUAUAUAAAUGAUGUUGAUUUGAAGCAAUAUUUAGUUUAAUGGGGUUACAAUUGUUAAUAUUGUCUAAUAAACAAUGUCGACUAACUGUAGUAUAGUAGUAAUAAAAAUCUCUUGUAAAAAUAACAUACGAACACUAGGGAUAUGCACAAAAUGUCGUUAUUUUAAUAGUGUCAUUGUAAUAAAUGAAUAGCUAAUUUUUGUAUGAACACACUUGUUGUACCGCACGAUACCUGCCAAACUGUACUUAAACAUCUCCUAGAAUAAUGUACGGGGAGGGGGAAGGGAUGGACAUUAUAUGAAAACAACCAUACCUUAACCUUAAGUUGGCAAGUCAUUUUUUCGUGGAAUAUUACUCGUGGUUUGUAUUGUUUCUAGUUGUUGAGGACUUUUGGUUGUUGCGUCAGGCGUCAGACACGUGUCAGUCAUGCGUUAGCACUUACUAUGAACGGCUAUGCAUCUUAUGCAUUAGGCCGCGGGCGAGACAAAUGUGUUAAAUAUUGGCAUAAGUGGAUGCAUGGCUUUCGUAGUUAAUAUCAUGACAAUUAAACCUAAGUGCGGGGUUAUGAUGUUGGACGCGCGAUACUGAAGCUAAAGGGGCCUGAUUUCUUAUACAACACGUUGACAGCUCAUUACAGGCAUAUGACGCUUGUUGCUUGAUAAUUGAAAUUACCAUCAGUGGCGAAGGUCAUAAAACCCGAUUCCUGUCGAUUUGCCUUUAUGUAGAAUCUAAUUAUCAUUACAACGAUUGGAAAACCACAUUUAAGCAUAUUAAUACCUAUAUGUUGUGUCGGGUCGUUAGGAAAAUUUCACAUUUUGCCACUGAUUGGCAUUCAGAAUACUACUCUAAACUAAUUUCACGAAGAUUGUAUUACGUCACGUCAGUUUACAAUGUCAGAAUCAGGUCGCAGUAGCGUUGACAGUUCGCGCGUCAAACUCUUGACGCAAUGACCAGGAGGCCGCCAUUAUGUUCUUGUAAAUGUCUAACUCUGAAGGCCGCUUUGUAUUAAAGCUCUACGCUAGGCUGGUUAUUAGGUGUAGACGGCAAUCAAGGGCUCUAGUGUGAGGACAUAGCCCAAUAACAUUUGCUAUAUAUUAAAUUGUACAUAUUUGUGAAUAGAAUAUUGGUUAUAUCUCCGCUCAUUGUUUUAUUGUGAAAAUUGGGAACUUAGUUCACUAUUUUAAAGGACAUCUAGGAAUACUAAUUAGAUACAAAAGCGGCCCGUGUAACGGCUUUCAUUGUCGGUGAAUUUUCAAAUAUAUUGUUAUUUUAUGCUUUUAAAAGGCAUGUUUAUUAUAAGUGUUUGUGGUAAAUAGACAAUACAUUGCAUGUUUAAUGUAACAUUUAAGUCUCGACGAGUAUAACGCUGAAGCAAGGGCGUCGCCAGACUGUCACAGGGACGAAUACUUGACAACACAGGUUCCUAUCCAAUUAUAGGAUACAUCCUUUGUCCAUUUAAAUCAACUCAAAGUACCCGUAUAAUUAUAGGGUAGACUGGUCAAAGUCGAUUCGAAAUAUUUUUAUUGCCCCUAGAGGAGGGGUCUGCCCCCCUGGCGACGCCCACGCCGAAUGCUUUCAGAGUUAGCCACAUAUAACUAGCCAGCAUACUAUAUUAAAUGUAAAUAGUUUUAGAAAAACGGCAACAUAUCCAAAAUCAUGUCGGUGUCGCGGUUCGAUGUUUAUGUGAAUAUUGUAAUGAAUAAUGUGCCAAUUUUUUUAAAAUUCGUUAAAAUUUAUAUUUUGUAUGUACUCGUUCGGCGAUCGGGAACAAGGUAUUAAAUAAAAUUUGUUACAUACAUUGAGUUUUUGUUAAGAGCUUAAAGCAUGUCGAAAAUACUAACAAUUAUGAUGGAACGAUUUAUUAAUAAUCGAUGAAAAAUUGGUUUAGUUGUAAUUUAAAUCUUGCAGAAUUGCUAAGACCCAAAAAUAUUAAAUAAAUUUAGAAUUACGAAAAUCAUCUUUCAAUAUAUUAUUUCCCGAUGUUUGAUCGACUUUACGGCUCCUGCGAGGGGCUUGGAAUAUCGACUUUAAUAUGAUAUAUUUUAAUAGUCAUUUUUAAAUGACCCUUACGGCUUGAAAGGGUUUUAAAUGUCGGGAAUAGUUUAUGACAAGAACAAUAAGGCCGUCUGGCAUUUUAAUUUCGCUUAGUAAUUUAUAAAUUUAGUAGUACUGUUUAGUCUCUCUAUAAAAUGUAUUUUGUUUUCGGUUGUGACUUAUCUAUAUAUCCGUUCUACAUUCCAAAUACAGAUAUAGUUGUGUCCAUUUUCACCAACUUUCCCCUAACUAGGAGACCACUAACAGCCAACACUCAUACUAUGCGAAACAGCGUACCACUACUGUAAGGCAGUUAGGCUUCUAGUAAGUUAAGUGUAGGUAGGUGGAAGUGAUUAUUUUAGAAAAUAAUGCCCAUAGAUAGUAGAGUUAAAUGAUGUAAUUGAUAAAUAAUAUGAAAAAAAAUUGAUUUGCAUUUCUGCAAUACAUAACUUUCAUAUGCCAUAAUUACUAUUAACCAUUCGAACAAUGAAAGCCCUCAUUGUAAGAAUGGUAUAACCAAGAUUUUAAUCAAAAUAAGUGGUAUUGUAGAUAACUAUUUAAUGAAAACUUGCCCUAGCUUUAAUAUAGAAUUUUUAAUAGAAACCUAAACUUAGUUUUGAUAACAAACAUGUUGUCCUAGCAUGUCAGCGUCUCGGUAAUUUCUACAGACAAUACAAGUGCCCUAUACUACAAUAAAUGAACUAUUUUUCUAAUUAAACGGCCUAUAUUUUAUAAUUGAAACUAUAUCUGUACUUGGAACCAUUUUAAUUUUCAAACUUGUAAAUAUUUAUGUAAAUAAAAGCCAAAAGUGCCUGAAUCUAUCAAAAUAUUCAAUCUUUCACUUGUUGCUUUUUCCAAACUUUUAUUUUCUUUUUUGUUUUGCAAAAUGCUCCUUAUGUGUUACAAUUAAAGAUCUAAUUGCUUUGAAGCAAUGACACGUCAAUUAGGUAUGGUGAUUAUUUUUAUAUAGUACUCAUGCAAAGUUGAAGAUGCUUCAAUAAGUUAAUAUCUAAAAUCAGUUAGCUCUUAAGACCACCGAAAUUAUGACAAAAUCAUAGAAUUAUUUUGACAAAUACUCAAUUUUUCGUAACCAUUUGCGUUUUCUAAAAUCAGCAAUUUAUUUCUCUGUAUUCAUUCUGUUAUUAGUGUUUUGUUAAAGUAAAGCUAUUUCGAAAUAAUAUGUUACAUGCACCUUUUGGCUUACUAUGUUUUAUCUAGUCAAUUCACUGGUUGAUUUUUAGUUCUCGAAGUUUUCAAAUCUCGUUUAAACUGUAAAUGCUAAAUAUCAUAUGUGCAAUCCGUGAUGUGAUCAAUAUUGCUUGGGGGUUUAUUUGAUUUUAAUUAUAGCAAAAUAAUACCUAUUCUUACGUAAAAUUUUUUUGCAUGUAAAUCUGCCAAUUACCGCGCUAUCAUGUCCAAAAUAUUAAUGCAAUUUUGCAGUUUCUUUAUAUCUACUCCCUUUUUAUAAUAUACGUGAAAUAAUUAUGUAAAUCUUAGCGUAAACGUCACAUAAUUAUGUUGAAAUAGUGAUUUUUAAUUUAUAAUAUAAUGUGUACAGUGAAUUGUAAUAGUAUAGUUUACUAUCAUGCUAAAUAACAUUUUGCCAAAUUAAUACUACGGAAUAUGCGCAUACGCAUUGAUACGCUUCGUGGCCAUUAAAUCAGCCAAUCGAAGGUCUCUAUUUGAAAUGCGAGGCUUCUGAUUGGUCGCUAUAUCACGCUGGCCGUAUGCUCAAUUUUCACUUUAGGUUUUAGUGAUAUGUUUGAUGUUAAUUGGUUUGGAAUCAGUGGCGGAUCUGAAGGGUGGUCAAUAUAGUCAUGAAUCCUUAUCGUUUUGAUAAUGUUCAUGGCAAAGGACUAUAAAAAAAUAUGGACGCCUAAAACCGUGACUAUCUUAAACCCUUUGCUGUUAAUUUUCAAGUCGUUAAGAAUUUGAUAGCGAUUUUCUAACCUCCUUCUAUAAAUCCUGGAUCCGCGCCUGAUAAAAUAUACAUAUUAUGUUAACAUUUUCGUCAAUUAAAGAUUUUUGAGUUUUGUAACAUAGUUAUUGACUUCAUAUCAAAAAAUUAUCAUAGAAUACUGAUUUUUUCAACUAAAAUAAUAUUUAAUUGUGAGGUUUAUCGCCACGUAACGUGGCCAUAAUUAACUCAAUAUAUAUUUAAUUUAUUAAAUCUAUCCACUAAUUGCCAAUUUUGAAAUAAAAGAAAUAAGCGGCUUACUAACUUUUGUAUUGGACCGACGAUUAAUAGAGGCCUUUUUUUGGAACUAAGGUCAUGCAAGUGAAUAACUUGAUGUGUUAACCACCAUCCGUUACCCACAAAUCUAAAGGAAUCAUAGGUGUACUCCUGACAAAAGCUACAAGACGAAGCAAUUUUCUCGCGUCCAACUUUUAAAGGAUAUAAAUAUGUUGACACGUCUUAACAUCGUGGUUAGGAAAUACUUGUCCGCUUCAGGCGACACUCGCUUCAGAAAGCAUGCUGCAAGGAAAUUGCUCCGUCUGAGUCUUGAUGAGUAAUCAUGUUAGAUACCCUUACUAAACGUAAUAACGUAAUUGUUAUUUUACGUUGAUUUUCUGUGAGUCGUUACACUAGACGUCUCAGCGAAUUCUUAGAGACGUUGUAUUUAUUUAUUAUGCUUAACAAUUAUUAAGAACUUUUUAACCAUUUAUUUAUCCGCCACGCUGCCGAAAUUCUAGUUUGUAAUCCCUUUUUAAAAUUUGGAUAUAAAAGUAUAAAAAAACUACACGAAAUAUAUGUUACAAAACUCAGUCGUUUUGGUGUUUAUUGGUAUAAAGUUAAAUAUUGUUUGUCAUUUUGUUUACGUGUUUUAGAGUAAGGUUUGUUUGAACGGUUAGUUGAGAGUUUAAGUUUUUCAUCGGGUGUUGCCUGAGGGCGCGACACAUUAUCUGUACAAAGUAUUUGAAAUUAAAUAAAGUACUGUUGAUAA